AUGGAAAGGCACAUACAAAUCUUCCUCAACAAACUUUCAUUCGUUUCCAUCGCCAUAGCCACAGUCACCCUCUUCUUCCUCUUCCUCCAAACCCCAGAGACCUGUGUGGACCCCACAUCUUCCUCUACCCACCCGAAACCCCAUCACAAAUUCCCCAAAUCCACAUGUGAAAUAUCACACCGAUCAUUCACCUCCCUAGAAAAGCGCAACCGCCGGUUAUGGUCCACAAAAACUUGGUCCAACACCAUCUCUUCGUACUCUUCCAUCUUCCUCAGUCUCCAAACCUUCAAUUUUCUCUCCAAUCAUUCCAAAACCCUAGUCCUCUCCGCUGGACCUGGCCAUGCCGUCAUGUCUUUGAACCAGCUCGGUGUUGCUGACGUCACUGGCGUAGAAUUGAUUGAUUCACCACCAUUGGUGAGUCGUGCUGACCCUCAUAAUUUACCGUUCUUCGAUAAUGUGUUUGAUUUAGGGUUCAGUGCACACCUUGACCUAGCCUUGUUUCCGAAUAGGUAUGUGAGAGAGAUGGAGAGGACCGUAAGGGUUGGAGGGGUCUGUGUUGUGGUUGUGCAGGAGUGUGGGGAUGGCGAGGUGAAGGAAAUUGUCAAGUUGUUUCAAAAAUCUAAAUUUGUUGGGGCAAAAAAUGUGACAUUGAUUGGAGCAAAAAUGACUCGAAUUAUAAUGAAAAUUACAAGUCCUUCUUAA